AUGUUCUCUCCGGAACUCCUGGCCAAACAGGAGAUUCUGUUGAAGGUUGGUGUACUGGCUGUAGCCUGUAUUGUGGCCUUCAUUCUCCGAUUGUUUGCUGUUAUUCGGUUUGAAAGCGUUAUCCAUGAGUUUGAUCCCUACUUCAACUUCCGAACUACGAAAUAUUUGGCUGAAAACGGGUACUAUGCAUUUCAUAACUGGUUCGAUGACAGAGCUUGGUAUCCGUUGGGUCGAAUCAUUGGUGGCACUAUCUAUCCCGGUAUGUUUUAUAUUAACAUUGCUUCAACUUUAAAUUGAAUUGUUGUAGUUUAACUAGCUGUACUAUGCAUGUUUAACGGUUGUUCUAUACAUUCUUUUUAGGUUUGAUGGUAACAAGUGUGUUUAUCUACAAGAUUUUACAUUUUUUGAGUUUUACAUUGAACAUCCGUGAAGUGUGUGUGUUUUUGGCGCCGUUGUUCAGCUCUUUUACUGUUAUUGCUACUUAUUUGUUGACAAAGGAAGUAUAUGUAAGUUUUUGAUUAUUUUUUGUUAUUUAGGAUUUUGAAUGGCAUACAUUUUGACAUGACGUUCAAUGUGAUAAAAACGUUAAUAUUAUAUAUCCUAAUGACUUAUUUUUUAAUAAUAAUGGUUUUUUAGUCAACUGGAGCCGGACUUGUUGCUGGCGGCUUGAUUGCUAUUGUUCCUGGCUAUAUUUCUCGGUCAGUAGCUGGAUCAUACGACAAUGAAGCUAUUGCCAUCUUCUGUAUGAUUUUUACCUAUUAUCUGUGGAUCAAAGCUGUUAAAACAGGUACUGUAAAGUACGGCGCUGCGGCUGCUUUGGCUUACUUUUAUAUGGUUUCUAGCUGGGGAGGAUACGUGUUCUUGAUUAAUUUGAUACCGCUUCAUGUCUUGGCUGUUAUGAUCAGUGGAAGGUUUUCACACAGGAUUUAUGUUGCUUAUAGUACUGUAAGUUAGUUUUUACGUAUAUUGUUGUUGGAAACAUGAUUAAGUUUAAUCCUAUAUUGUGAAGUUGAUGUACUUCGUCAUUUUAACUUAAAUUUCUUAGUUUUAUCCUCUGGCUACUUUGUUAUCAAUGCAAAUCCCGUUUGUCGGCUUCCAACCAGUGUCGACUUCUGAACAUGUAGGAGCCUUUGGAGUAUUUGGAUUGAUUCAAUUAUAUGCGUUUAAUUUGUACGUCAAAAGCAAACUAAGUGAUCAUGAUUACUCUGUUAUUAAAAGUGCCAUUUUUUACGGAAUUGUUUCUAUUUUUGGCGGACUUAUCACACUGUUAUUGUUGUUUCAAAGUAAGUGCAUUUUACUAUUGUUUUUUAUUUUUAGGAUGUUGGUUUUGGUAAGUAGCUUAGUUAAUGCAGAUUUUAAAUUGUUACCUUCUAAGACGAUGAUGUUUUUCAGAGAUUGCACCAUUUACUGGUCGAUUCUACUCGUUGUUAGAUCCUUCUUAUGCAAAAAAUAACAUUCCAAUUAUUGCUUCGGUAUCUGAACAUCAGCCUACGACAUGGAGUUCAUACUACUUUGAUCUACAGUUUUUGGUGUUCAUGUUUCCAGGUAAAUUGAUUUUUUAAAACUUUUAAAUGUGCUAAGUUAUGUUAAAGUCCGUUACUGAAUGCUAAAAAGAAGUUUAUUCUAAGCAAGUUUAAGUUAAGUUUUUUACAAGUUAUAUUGUUUUAGUCGGUUUGUACUACUGUUUCAACGGUCUAACAGACGCCAAUAUCUUCGUCAUCAUCUACGCUUUAACAUCAAUUUACUUUUCUGGAGUAAUGGUACGGUUGAUGUUGGUAUUGGCACCGAUUAUGUGCAUCAUGAGUGGAAUUGCCAUCAGCACGUUGUUGUCCAAUUUCUAUAAGAACAUCACGGAUGAGGAUAAGAAAAAAGAGUCUCAAAAGCCCCAAGGCAAAACUGGUGCUAAACGGGAAAGUAACGACAGUUAUCCAUACAGAGAUUCGGUACGUUUAGAUUAUUUUUAAAAUUCAACAAAAUUUUUAUUAUAAAUCAAUUUUUUAUUUAAAAUAAUUAAACUAAAAUUUCAUAAUUGUAUUUUUAGGUUGGUCAAAUUGUCAUUGGAGCUCUGUUACUAAUGUUGACCGCUUAUGUGAACCAUUGUGUUUGGGUAACAUCUGAAGCCUACAGUUCUCCAAGUAUUGUUUUGGCGGCCAGAAGUGGAGGCAGCAGAAUUAUUUUUGACGACUUCAGGGAGGCUUACUAUUGGUUGAGACAAAAUACUGAUGAGGUAAGGUUAAAUGUUUAUGUUGUUUUUUAGGUUAUUUGGCACUUCUUAUUUGUCUAGAAUACGGAUCGUUUUAUAAAACUUAUUUAUAGUAAAACAACAAUUUAUGUAGCUAACUUAUAUUAUAAAUAAAUUUAGGAUGCCAAAGUGAUGAGCUGGUGGGAUUACGGGUAUCAGUUGAGUGCCAUGGCUAACCGAACAGUAAUAGUGGACAAUAACACAUGGAAUAAUACUCAUAUUAGCCGAGUUGGACAAGCAAUGGCAUCAAGAGAAGAACAUUCCUAUGAGAUUAUGAGAGAACUGGACGUAGACUACGUACUAGUCAUCUUUGGUGGAGUUACGGGUUAUUCUUCUGACGACAUCAACAAGUUUUUGUGGAUGGUCAGAAUUGGAGGAUCAACGCCGGAAGGUAAAAUAAGUAGAAAUUAAAUUUUUGAAAGGUUAAGGGAUAUUCUUCGGUCGCUUUUACUUAUUUCAGUUAUUAUUUCAACUGGUCUUUGGCCGUGUUUAUUUAACUUUAAUAUCAUUUUUAGGUCAUCAUAUCAAAGAACGCGACUACUACACGAAACGAGGAGAGUACAAAGUUGACAAAGAUGGUUCCCCAACUAUGCUGAACUCCUUAAUGUACAAACUCUCCUACUACAAGUUUGGCCAACUCUAUACAGAACAACAUCGUGCACCGGGUUACGAUCGAGUACGUAACGCUGAGAUUGGAAUCAAAGAUUUUGAAUUCAAGCAUCUGGAAGAAGCCUAUACAUCUGAGCAUUGGCUCGUCAGAAUCUACAAAGUUAAAAAACCUGCCAAUAGGGGAUAG